AUGGCAGUCCCAGAAUUAAAUUCCCAGUCCGUGCCAGAGUUAUCACAACCAAUUCCACCACUGACUGCUGAAGAAGAAGGCAUCAACGCGCUUCUAACAGAUGCCAUCAUACACACGCGUAUCACGAAUGACGAACGACCGCUCCGGCGGGUGGUGAAGAAGUUUCACAACUACGCCUCCUUAGUACAUCAUCCCCUCGUGCCACCUAGUUCUUCAGGAACUGUCGAAGAUGCAAGAGAGGCAUUCUUAAUUGAGCUAUCGUCGUUUGAACUAGCUCUGAAGAAAAGUAUGAUGGUAUGCGAAGCUGAGCGGAGACAGGUAGAGGAGUAUCAGCGGGAGCGGGAGAAGAUUGAGAAGGAACAUGACGCUCUGCGUGGUCAAAUUGAAGAGCUGAAAGUCGCACUGGAACAUGCACACAUGGAACGCAAGCGAAAGGUCGAGUACGACUCAAUUGCUGAGAAGAUCAACACUCUUCCAAGUCGUGAGGAGCUUGAGCAGGCGAUACUGUCGCUUGAAAAUGACAUGGCUGCUAUAAACUCGGAACACGAGACUCAGGACCGAAUCAUAAGAGGCCAGAAAACUGCUUUAGAUGGUAUUGUCAUGGACUUAGGCUCUCUUCGCCUUAUGGGUAAAGAUAAAGAGUCUGCCACAUCUGGACUAGGGACACCCGCUGCCACGCCAGCUCCAGAUGGUACAGAAGCAGAUGACACCUUGCCUGCCAUGCGUGAUAGCUCACAAGUCGUGGAUGGAGGAUUGGAUGAAGACGAGAAGGAAACAGGGGAGGUGGCAGAAGAGAGAGAGGAUGGAGAGGAUGACCAGUCCGUUGACAUGCCCCUCUCGUCGAAGCUCAAUCCCGCUGCCAAUGAAUACGUGCACAUGUCGCAUACACCCUCGUCGCUACGACCUCCAGAGGAAGAAGAUGACGACAUAGAGAUGGGAGAGGUUGCGGAGGAUCCAAAAGUGAAGGCGAAAAAAGCCCGAGAAGAGCUAGAGGAAGGAGAAGCAAGCGAUGCAAGCAGUGCAUUGUCUGAUCCACCAGAUGAUUGA